GCGAGGAGCAGGGAGCGGAAAGUGCCGGAGCGCACCGCGGGGAGAGCCAUGGAGAGAAGACCGCUACUCAAGAGCACUUUUCCGUCCAAAGGACCGCGACUCACGUUACCCCUGCUCAUCCUCGGAUUAAUCUCUGUGAGCGGGAACCAGGUUGUUGUCCCUGAGAAAGUGAAUGCAGUUCUGGGAAAGAACAUCACUCUCGGCUGCAGAAUAGAGGUGGGUUCUAACCUCAGCCUCACGCAGAGCUCCUGGGAACGGCAUCUUCCCUCCGGCACCAUCACUGUGGCUGUGUUCAACCCACAAUUUGGGAUCUCCUUCUCCGCUGAGUAUGCCAAGCGUGUCUCCUUCCUGUCCCCGUCUGUGCAUGACGCCACCAUUAUAUUACAAGGAGUUGGCUUUGCAGACAUCGGCUCCUACACCUGCAAAGUGGCGACAUUUCCUCUGGGCAACACGCAAGCGUCAACCACUGUUGAUGUAUUAGUGGAGCCCAAAGUCUAUGUGUCCGCAGGCCCUGCAGCUCUGCUGGACGGGGGAAAUGAAUCAGUGGUUGCCACCUGCAUAGCAGAGCGUGGCCGCCCACCUGCAGUGGUGGCAUGGGAAACAGAGCUGUUUGGCCGUUCAGAGGAGGGGAAGCAAAACGAACCAAACGGUACUACCACCACCCAGGUGCGUUACAUCUGGCAGCCCCAGAGCCACGCCCAGGGACAGAUCCUCACCUGCGUGGUACACCAUCCAGCCUUGCAAACAGAGUUCCGCAUUCCGUAUGUGAUCAACGUGCAGUUUGCACCAAUGGUAUCUAUCACAGGAAAGGAUAAGAUCUGGUAUGUGGGACAAGAGAAUGUGAAGCUUGACUGUGGUGCCAAAGCCAGCCCGCCUGCCCAACACUUCACCUGGAUUAGAAUGGAUAGCCAGAUGCCUGGGGGUGUAGAUAUUGCAAACAACAGCCUUGUUUUCACUCGACCUUUGGAGCGUAAUGACUCUGGAGUAUACAGGUGUGAGGUGAUGAAUGACAUUGGUCUUCGUAGUCAAGAUGUACAAUUUUGGAUACAAGACCCUCCACCCACCACAGCGGCCCCCACCACCACUGCCUCUCCCUUCCAAGACACAGUUGGCACCAGUACUGCUGUGGACCGGGGGAGAGCCCUGUUCACCUCUCCAACCCUGGCCCCCCUGCCUGACAGCAGUCUGGGCACAAUAGUUGGCGGGGCAGUAGGUGGCGUUCUGUUCCUGGUCCUUCUGCUUAUUCUGGGCGGGGCCUGCUUCAUGCGCCAACGUCGAACCUUCCGGGGAGACUACUACACCAAGCAGUACCUGGGGCCCUCCGAUAUGCAGAAAGAGUCCCAGCUGGAUGUGCUCCAGCCCCAUGAGCUGCAGGAAGUGUAUGGGGACAAAGCUGGCAAGGGCAGCCAGGAUCUGAAACCCAAGCCUGGAGGAGACAUCAUUUAUCCCAACUACCCCACCGAACGCAAGGACAGGGAGGAAUGGGGUGACAGGGGUGAAGGUCAGAGAGGCCUCAAGGAGGACAGCUACUACCCCGAGCAUUACAAUAACACCCAUAACAUGCACCCCUGUGGGCCUCCUGUGCAUAGUUCCACCGUGAACAAUGGCUCACCCUACCUGCCAGAAGACUGCUAUGAUAAUGGCACAGACGGCGACUAUGUGUCCCACAUGGAUGGCUCUGUGAUUUCACGCAGGGAGUGGUACGUCUGAGGGCAGGAGGAGGAAAAGGGACCUUGCAGUAAAUGACUGAGAAUAAUUUAACAACUGUCAGAUAUGAAUAUCCUUAAAAGUUAUAUUCAGUUCAGAUAAUUCUAGACAGGGAUGACAAAAGUUCCAGGCUCGGUUUUAAAAUGAGCUUUCAAAAGUUAUUGCUCUGCCUGGAUUGCGACCACUUACCUUAAGGACUUGUAUGUGGAUUGUGUUAAAGUCUUGUAGCAUCUCAAGGAGCUAGUACAAGCAAGCUGGAGUAGCCUCACUGAUGUUAUCUCUGUAGCCCUAAGAAGGCCUCAGCAUACCAUGAAGUUUCAAUAGAUGUGAUAGUUUGUGUUUCCUGCUUGUUUGUAUGUGCACCUGUCUUAGCUACAAGUCACAGCUACAGCUCUCAGGCCCUUGAUUGUAAAGUAUUUCUGUCCCUGCCUGAGCUUUGUACCCACUUUCCAUUAUUUUAAAACUCCUGAGAUUCUAUGGCGUUUUGAAUUGGAGUUAUGAUCACUUACAAGUGUGCAAAUGACCUCGUAAAAGCUCAGUUUUUAUCGUGGUUGUGAGGAGCAUUUAAAAUGAAUUUACACUGAAUUGAAUUUUAAACACAAGUCAAAGGGAAAACUAUCCAUACACAAGAUUAUAAGGGAGAACAUGGCAUGGCGCCCUAGGGAAAGCAAGCUGACUGAAUCAAGAGUAGUGACAAGAUUACUGCCCUUCUGGGAAACAGCUGUCAUGAAGUGAUUCUUCAUCGGCCACCCAAUUCAUUGUUUUCAUUCAAACUUGAACAGAUUUUGCCAGCAGAAUGGUUCAUCUGUCAUUACAUAGAACAGCUAGCCUGAAGAUCACCACCAAACAAAGUUUCUUAACUCCCUUGGGAAGGGAUUUAGUACAUCUUCAUGUUUACGGAUCUGUACCACUCAAGAUAAUACAAAUGCUGCUAACGGAAAACAGAAGGAUUGUCAGCAGUGUGACUGAAACGUUACGUGUAAGCAAGUUACACCGUGCACCGUUGGGUACCUGCUCAUUUGAAAGUGUUUAUCCAAGUCCUUUGUGGAGUAAUGAGCGAGUCCUGAUUAUUUUUUAAGUUUGCCAACAAGCAUUAAACAUGGCCAACAUUGCCUUAUUUUAUAUACGCUCUGUAAUGUUAACACUGAAAACCAUUGACGUCCUCUCCAUCCUCUUCCUCUCUGUCUUGUGAUUUCCUCUCUGUUGUCUGAUUUCUCAGCGCUCCUGGCCAAAAUCUUUUUUUUUCUUCUCUCUCUCUCUCUUUCAAAAUGUACGGUUUUUAUAGAGACUUUUCAGAGCAGAACAAAAGCUACAAUGAUUUGGGUGUGUCCGCAUUAGUUGGUAUAUGUUUAAGAAGUGUGAUUUUCAGGAAGAAAAGUGUCUCAUCAGGUGAGAUGUCACUACUGAUUACAGAUACAGCGACCGUUGAGGUUUGGCUGCUGAGGUACUUGUGAGGAUAUGCAGUUAGCACGGAAAUCUAGAAACACUAUACCGCAGCGAAAUCUUGCUUUAAGAUCUGUUUACUUUAUUCGUGUCUGUUUAAUGGCUUCCACCGGGAUGUUUUUUCGUUCUGCUCACCAGUGCCAUGACUUUGUGUUGAAACAAAAGCGUUGACAUCACCGGUGAUCUCAUCUCUUGUUGCUUGAUUUGACCUAGCGCUUCCUGCUUGGCUCGCAGCGAUAUGUUCUCUUUCCUGAGGAAUGAUACAAGGAUCAAAGUGGCCUCUGCAAAGUCUCACCAUGAAAGGGAAAAUAUCCUUUCUGGAAAGCUCUCCUCUUAGUCAGUCGGGGCGUUCGGUGCUACAGGAGGGAACAGUGUGUGUUUCUGACGGGGAAUUCUGGGCAGAGGGGUGGUGGUGGUUAUAGUUUGAGGUUACUUUCUUUCUUCAGGGGUUUUUUUAUAUGUCGAGGAAACACUCAUUUUAAUUUGAACUGCACUCUUUCUCUUUUUUCCCCUCCACCACCCUCAUUUGCCCCUAUCGUGCCAGGACUAUAGCUGAAGGUUCAGCUGUCUGAAAAUAAACUACUUUAAUCUCUCUAUUACUCUCGCUUAUUCUGUCUCUCUCUCUGUCUCUCUCUCUCUCUCCCCCUCUUACAUGCGCAUGGCACACAUCUGCUGCAUAGGCUUCUCUAGCCCACACUCAAAGGAGUAGUCCUCACCUCAAAAUUCUGGCUUUAUAAUUAACUUUUUUCCCCCCUUUUGAUGCACUUGGCAUGUGUUUCGAUCUCAGUGAUGUGUAGCACACCAGUGUCUGUAUGCUUGCAUGUGUUUUCUGAAUGGGUGAUUCAUAGCUGUCAGCCUAUCUUGUUAAGUUGAACAUGCCUCUGUGUGUAGAAUUGCUUAUUUUGGCUACUGCUCUUAAAGAUCCAGGGAUAAAAGCUCUCUUUCUCUGUCUCAGCUCAGACUACUAAGAUAGUUUGUUUGAUACACUUGCAGACUUGUAAAAUGGCACAAGGAGCCAAAGUAAUGAAUGCUCUCAUUUUUGUCUCAGCCGCUCUGAACUGCUCUUUCCGUCUUGUUAGCCUUUCGGACCGACAUCCCUCGAUCGCCUUUGGAUCGGAAAGAGAUUAGUUACCUUAUGCCUACUGCCUUCCUGUUUUCUGAUCACCACUAGCGUGCUCACGUACGUGUACAUAGUGUUAAAAAGGUUAGCGUGUGAUUAGCCGACUCAGCAGACAUUGGAGUCUCAUGUUUAUAUAUGAUAUUUUCUGACCUGAGGCCCCCCCUAUUGAACGGUUGGUGCCUUAAGAUGGGCUGCACACUGCACAGGAACCCUCUGAAGUGAUACGAUUUAUUCUAAGGAUGCAUGUAAAGGCUAUAAACGUCUUUGUCGGAAAGAAGCGGUUUGUCCUUUUAUGUCUUCCACCUUGAUAUUUAAGAUACUGUGGUUUGUUCUCAAAGCAACCCAGUUGACUAAAGGUUGAUUGUUAUGCCUUACACACAUUAAGAAGACACAUGUAACAGCUCGGUUACAAAGUACCAGAAAGUUUGUAAUUAGUAAAGCUUCACUGGGAUUCAGGUCGGGAAUACGAAGCAGGCCAGAGUCAUAGAAAAUAUUAUUUUCCUGUAAAUAUGCUGGCUGUUUUUUAUUAUUGAGAAAAAAAAUAUUAUUUUUUCUAUGAGGUCUGUAAUUUUCACAGAGUAUUAGUUUAACUUACAAGCAAUGAAGAGCUCCUGUCGGAUGAUCAGCGGCGUAUUUCUCUCUUCGCAGCGUUUUGUAUUAGUUCUCAAGGGUUUGUGACUAAUUAUUUUGUACAUUGUUUAAAUGAUUGAUCCCUCACGAGAAUCAAAAACGAAAGCGCAGUAGAUUGUAUUUUGUUUCCUUUGUUUGCAAUAAAAGAGCA